AUGCAUCGUUUAUACAAGGGGACUGGUGCUGGCUAUGUGUGGGCCCUCCUUCUCCUUAGCUUCGUCUACACAGGGGAUUCACUACCUGCUCGCUUAAACAAGGAGCACCUUCCCUGCAGGGAUGUCCCAGGCCGCCCCUCUAAGCUUAAAGAUCAGGCCCGGCGCCUCGGCAGGGACGUGGCCGUGGCCGGACCGUACCGCCUGCUCGCGGGGGGAGGACGGCAGGCGGCGCCGGGGGGAGGGGCGGUGGCCGUGUACCUGGUGGUGGGCUACGGCGCGUCCCUGCUCUGCAACAUCAUCGGCUUCGGCUACCCUGCCUACACCUCAAUCAAGGCCAUUGAAAGUCCCAACAAAGAUGAUGACACACAGUGGCUGACUUACUGGGUUGUGUAUGGUGUUUUCAGCAUAGCAGAAUUCUUCUCUGAUAUCUUUCUGUCCUGGUUCCCUUUCUACUACAUGCUAAAGUGUGGAUUUCUGUUGUGGUGUAUGGCUCCGAGCCCUUCUAAUGGGGCAGAGUUCCUCUAUCGUCGAAUUAUUCGGCCUUUCUUCCUGAAGCACGAAGCUCAGCUCGACAGUGUUGUUAAAGACCUGAAAGACAAGGCUGCAGAGACUGCAGAUACCAUCACUAAAGAAGCCAAGAAAGCAACAGUGAACUUACUGGGGGAAGAAAAGAAGAGCACUUAAACUAUUAACUGGAUAAAGUUUCCCUACCACCUCCUUUAUGAAGCUUGAUGUUACUGGGAACUGUGGUAUAAUUUUAAUAAUAUUGCCUUGGAAACAUUUUGAUAUAUUAAAGGAAUGUGUUCUAAGUUUGCUUACUACUUUGCUGUGUCUGUAUAGAAAGUAAGAAUUUUUAUUUAAAAGCAAUGCAGUGGGCAGCAUCUGAAGCUUAAUGAAAAUAUUUUAUUCACCUUCAUGCAGAAGAAAUCUUUCAGUAAUCUCUUUCUGCAGUAACAUAAAUAAAAAGUAUAUAUCCCACAGGCUCUGCACUUUAGUUGUCUCUUUGUGUACGUAAUUACUCUUAACACUUUGACUGCAGUGUGUCUGGUAACAUGAAGCUAUUGUAUAAGGAAAAUACUAGUCUGAACGGAUCUUCUUGAAUAUACAGGGAAUUAUUGUGAGAUGGCAUAAUGGAUGUAUUCCCCACCAAUAAAGUUGUAAAUGAU